GUCGGCUAUGAAUAGACAAGUCUAAUAUUUCCUAUCCGUUAUCGCAAUUCCGCCUUAACAGAGAUCUUUUGUUCUCAACAUGGCAUCGCUCGAUGCAUCUCGACUGAAGGUUACUCGUGCUUCAGUCCUGCGCCCAGUUCCCGAGCCCGGGUCUCCUGAGCUGUGGGCACAAAAUGUGGCCACCGACCACAUGGUUACGUGCCGCUGGACAGUAGACGGGGGCUGGGAAGAUCCAUUGAUCAAGCCUUUCGGGGACUUCCCCAUUUCGCCUCUCGCCUCAUGUUUACACUAUGCUACGCAAUGUUUCGAAGGCAUGAAAGUGUAUCGGGGGCUUGACAACCGUCUCAGGCUCUUUAGGCCCGACCGAAACGCAAAGCGUCUAGCUACGAGCGCGGAAAAGGUUUCACUGCCAAGAUUCGAUACUGAACAACUUGUUCAGUUAAUCAAAGCUCUAGCCCGGCUUGACGCACCAAGAUGGCUGCCCAAACCUGGCACUUUUCGCUACAUCCGACCUGCAUUGAUAGGAACCGGGCGCCAGCUUGGAGUGCAGGUCCCCAAAGAAGCACUCUUGCUCAUAACCAUGGUUUGCUGGCCUGAUUUCUCUACGGAUUCGCCGCCCGGUGUUGAGCCCAGAUCCGACCUGCGGCUCCUCACAUCCCGAAGUGAUACUAUCAGGGCGUGGCCUGGCGGAUUUGGCCAUGUGAAGGUCGGAGCCAAUUAUGGCCCCAGUUUUGCCUCGCACUCUGAGGCACAGCGCUUAGGAUAUGACCAAGUCCUAUGGUUAUUUGGAGAGGAUGGUCAAGUUACGGAAGCCGGUGCGAGUAACUUCUUUGCCGUUGUUAAGGAUGAACGCACCGCAACCCCUAAGCUUCUGACAGCACCAUUAACCGACAAACUUAUUCUUGAUGGAGUGACUAGACGUUCUGUCCUAGAUCUAGUUAAAUCUCGGCUAGAAGGUAAACUGCAAGUCUCGGAGGUCAAGUUUACUAUAUCCGAGCUUGAGGCAGCUUGGAUAGAUGGUAAACUUCUCGAGGCGUUUGUGUCUGGAACAGCUGUAAGUAACAGACGUUGACUCUGAAGAUCAUAUGCUUGCCUAGAUUGACAGUUCUUUAUAAAACAAGUAUCAACCAUCCGGGUCGGUGAUCGCAGUCUUGAGUUACAGCAGAAGACGGCCGAGUUCGGCCCUUUGAUCAAAAAUUGGUUAGGUAAUAUCAUGCUUGGGGCUGAGGACCAUGAAUGGGCUAUGAUUAUUGAUGAAGACAAAAUGACUGAAACUGAUGCAUAACGGGGUAGAAUGUAGCAAUCUGCUUGAUAAAAUAUGAUGUGGUGUAAUCGUGAUAUAAUCC